GUUCCCUUUUUUCCAACUAUUUAUCUCACUUUCAUAAUUUGGCAUAUUGAAUGGAUAUCCUUUUCUUGGCUACAGGUCUAUGGCAUAUCGUGGUUGGUGAUCUUUCUAAUAUUAUUUGUUAUGAAGACGGUGUCUGUCGGGAGGCGGAAAUUCAGUGCAGAUUUUCAACUUGUCUUCCGGCUAAUCAAGGGGUUGAUAUUCUUAACAUUUAUCUCAAUUCUAGUCACCAUGAUUGCCCUCCCUCAUAUGACAAUCCAGGACAUUAUUGUUUGCAUUCUUGCCUUCAUGCUAACUGGCUGGGGAAUGCUACAGAAUUUCAGACCCGUAUGUUGUUCAACCAAGCAUUCGGUCGAGGUUUGCAAAUUUCCCGUAUUCUUGGAGGUCAAAGGAAGGGGCGCUCUUCUCGCAAUAAGGAAUAAUUUGUCUACAUUUCCUUGAUUGCAGCAACAGGUUAGAGCACAGUUUUGGUAUCUAUUGUAAGUAGUUGUAUGUUGUAACUAGGAACAGGGUAGAUCCUAGGCUUCAAUUUUGUUUAUUUGGAACAUCUACGAAUGUUAUUUCAAUUUGAGAAACUGCAUAGGAGAACGUAAAAUUAAGAACCCAAUUUUGUUAAA